UCCGCCGCUCCGUACACGUCGCUCCGACAGAGAGGAAAAACAAGCGAGGAUCGCGCGUCGCGCCGAGGCUGCUGUGUGUUUACCGUCGGCCGCGUUUGUUUACGAGUGAGCGUGUUUCCGCACCGUUCCCGCACCGCACCCGCGGUGCCAAACACCCCCUCGCUCCGCGCCUGGAAUGAUGCCUGCCUGCCCCUGCGCCGCCGGGUUCCAUUGUUGCUGCCAGUGCUGCUUCCGCAACCGACGCCGACGCAUCGACAGGCGACCCUAGCCUACCGCCGCCAUUUUCGGGAGGUCGCCCAGUUGUGCCGCAACAGCCCGCCUCCCUCCGUAGCACGCACUUCCGCUGCCUCCCCCACCCUCCAGCCCCCUACCCUGCCUGAGCGUGCGCGACGCCUGACGUCCCGAGGCGCCGCCCGUUGCCGCCGUCGCUGGCUGUCCAUUGCCGACCGCUUGCUGCCAGCGCCUACGCGAAGACAACAGGUGGUCGGAGAGAGACACUGGGACACCGCACCCUAGGCUUACCGCCUUCCUCCUCUGCAUUCCUGACGGCCUGGACUGAGUUGGUUGUGUGGACUUCUUGCGGUUCCAGUUCCGACCACGGCCCUAUCCGGCUGAUUCGACAAUCGCGCCAACAAUCGGACUAUAGCGAGGACCGCUGUUUCGUGCCCAGCUGCGUACAAAUAAAAGGUCGCAGCCCAAUUCCACACCCUUCAUCAGGAACCAGGGAAGUGAUAGAACUGUUCGAAUGAAGAACAUUAGGAGCUUCUUCAACAGUUGCUGCCGGUCUUACGUUAGUGACUGAGUGGCAUCUACAGUAGAUAGUGAUUACCCGGCAACUGGACUGGACUCGACGUGAAAGACUGUGUUUCUUUUUAUACGAGCAUUAUUUUUUUAUACGAACAGUUUGGUGUAGUUUCGCAAAUUACAUUCUGUUUUGUGCACACUUUUUUUAUAUAAUAUAGGAGUUAGUUAUCACCGCUGUAACAUAUUUCGUGGGAAAAUUGCUUUAAUAGGAAGGUUGGUGCAGUGUAGAACAUAUCGAAAGGUUUCAAGCUUUAAUAUAGUAGGCAGUAGGUAAGCGUCUUUGUGAUAAAAUCGUCUGAGGUUAUUGGUCCUAGCGAGCGCAGGGAAACUACGCAAAGAAGUUAGUCGCCUGCGUAGUUUGAGUCCGUGGUGCGUGACAAGGUGGCGGCAAAGCGAGGUGCCGGCAUGUACAACCUGAACGUGAACGUGAACCUGACGCCCGGCGGCGUCGGGGGCGGGCCCGGCGGCCUGCUGGGGGUGGAGGGCGCGUGCACCACCCCCAAGACGCCCGAGAUCCUCAACUCGCUGAUCGCCAUGUCCAACCCGUUCGACGGCUACCCCACGGCGGCCGGCGGCGGCGCCGGCGGGGGCGGGCCGCGCAUCGCCUCCGUGCCCCCGGGCCACAGCAGCCUCGGUGACGGCGGCUGCGCCAGCGGCGGCGGAUCUGCGUCGCGGUCGCCUCUGUCCAGCCCCACAGGCACCCCGCCGUCGGUGCAGCACAUGUGCUCGCAGCUCAUCAAGGACAGCCUCAAGAUGACCAUCCAGAAGAAGCGGGAGGCGACCGGCUCGGCGCUGCUCGACGACGGCGCGUACGGCCCGGAGCGGGGGCCCAAGGCGGCCAAGCGCGACGGCGACGACGAGCUGACGCCCGAAGACGAAGAAAGGCGAAGAAGGCGAAGAGAACGAAACAAAAUCGCUGCGACGAAGUGUAGGCUGAAGAAGAGGGAGAGGACCGUGAAUCUAGUACAGGAGUCCGAAAUUCUGGAGACGCAGAACCACGACCUGAAGAGCCAGAUUCAAGACCUGGAGGCGCAGCGGCGCCGGCUGAUCGACAUGCUGUCCAUGCACACGCCCACCUGCCUCAAGAACUCGGGGGGUGCUCCGCCGACGGCUGGCUCAACAGGUACACAGUCCGGGGACAACUUUGGCACAAAUGGCGACUCUCUGCCGCAGACCUACGAAGCGUUCAUUGCGAGUAGCACCUACCACCAGCACCACCACCACCACCACCACAACCACCAUGCCCAACAGCACCACCAGCACCAACCGGAGCAGCAGUACCCAUCAUCGUGCAACUAUAGCAGUGGCUAUCCCUCACCGGGGGCCGGUAUUGAUGGUGGCUGCAUGGCUUAACGGGACCCUGAGCUCCGUAUGAGAAUCGAGGACCGUGGUAACCUUAAUCUGUUGUAGAACUUGGAUUUAAGAUGUACACUAUAAAAAAUUGCUUCAGUGCUGGUGUCUACAAAGUACAUAAAACCUAUUUGUAAAAUAUCUGGCUUUAGUUCCAUAUGACAAAUUGUUCAGUGCAUUCAGCAAACAAUGUAAACAACAGUUUGGGAUACAUCCUGAAUUAUAAAGUCAUGUGUACCUCUCAUGCUUCCAAAAUAGUCAUGUUCCACUGUUUUCAUUUAUUUUAUCUUCAUGUAUGAUUCUAAAAUACGCAAAGUAGAAUAAAAUUUGAACUAUAUCCAUAAUUUCUCAAAGUAUGUUAAUGCUGCCUUAAUUGUCUGAAGAACCCAGGUAUUCUAAAUAUCCUACAAGAAAGAGUCAAUACAUCAAAGUGCCUUACCAGAUUAUAAUUUUACCAUUUUUGCAGAGCAAGCACAUAAUUGCUAUCAGUGUCUAAAAAUUUGUGAGAAAAAUUCAGAAAUUUCUGCUUUUAAGAUUUCAGGAAAAAGUAAUCACCAAGGUUCCAUAAAGAAUCGUCCAUGUACACAGAACAACAGAAAUGUCAGUUUUCAAACUGCACUGUGGCAGAAGUGAGUAAGUACUAAUAUGGCUUAUUAGAGAACAAUGUGUUAUCAAGGACAUUAAAAACUAAACUUGUCCAUGAUUUUCAAAAUAUUAACUCACAACAUUUUUGUACCUUUUAUAUAACAUUUGACACUUGUGAUAAUCUAAUUGCUGUAACUGGAAUGUGUGUGUGUGUGUGAUAAUCUAAUUGCUGCAACUGGAAUGUGUGUGUGUGUGUGUGUGUGUGUGUGUGUGUGUGUGUGUGUGUAAAGCACUAUGAUAUUUUGUGAGUCAAUUGUAAGAAUAUCACCAAAGCUGACCAUAUGAGAAUUUGAGGUUUAGAAAUGU